AUGUCAGACCUCAAUGCGACCGUUCACGAGACCAAGAAUGGGUUCCACGUGGAGGGAUACGAGAAGAUCGAAUACGACUUCACCUUGAUGGCAUACCGCGCUCUCACAAUCAUGGACUUGAACAUCUUCAACCUCUACGGCCAGCAGAUGCAGACCUAUUUUGCCCAUCACGGCCUGGAGUUGAAGAUCCACAAGACCAUGAUCGGCGAGAAGGCGAAGUCCAUUGAGACGUUCCUGAACAUCGUGGAUUCCUUGACCGACUUUGGCGUUAUCCGCAAGGAGCCAGUGCUAGUUGUGGGUGGAGGCUUGGUUACCGACGUUGCUGGAAAUACCAACUUUAUCCGGAUCCCAACAACCGUGAUCGGCCUCAUUGACGCCAGUGUCAGCAUCAAGGUCGCCGUAAACUACGGCAAUUAUAAGAAUCGUGUGGGAGCGUACCAUGCACCCAUGCACACCUUCCUCGAUUUCACGUUCCUAAAGUCGCUUCCGGAAGCUCAGGUUCGGAAUGGCUUCGCUGAGCUUAUCAAGACCUCCAGCUGCGCACAUCUGAGAACGUUCGAUCUGCUUGACGAGUUCUGCGAGAGGCUAAUUCAAACGCACUUCGGUCGUCUCGGUGAUGAAACGGGUGAGGCCAAAAAGGUUGCGGAUGAAAUAAACCACGCCGGGACCUUCGAGAUGCUGAAGCUCGAAACACCUAACUUACACGAAAUUGGAUUGGACCGUGUGAUAGCAUAUGGCCAUACCUGGAGCCUGCUGCACGAGCUGACGCCCGCCGUACCGCUUCGCCAUGGUCAUGCCAUCUCAAUCGACAUGGCCUAUUCGGGAACAUUGGCGAACAUGCGCGGACUGCUGAGCGACGCGGAGCAUCACCGACUGCUGAACUUGUUCUCACGGGCAGGGCUGUCGAUGGACCAUGAGCUCUUCAACGAGGAGGUUCUCGACAAAGCUACCAAAGCCAUUCUCGAGACCCGAGAUGGGAAGCUGCGAGCCGCUGUGCCUAAUCCCCUCGGAAAAUGCGUCUUUCUGAACGACGUCACCACGGAAGAGAUGAACGCGGCCUUGCGACGGCACAAGGAGAUCAUGAAGCAGUGUCCUCGCAACGGUGAGGGUAUCGAUGCCUCCGUCGAUGCUAGUGAUACUGGUUACACGGUCAAUGAUGUGCCGGUCGAGCAGACCAUGAAGGGAGUCAACGGCAAGAUGGUGAACGGUGUGACCAAUGGUAUCAGCAAUGGCAUGCCGAACGGACUGCAAAAGGUGAUGGCAAACGGGUAUCCCACCGGAUAUCGCAACUGAGCGAAAUCUUGAAAUGCCAAGUUGGUGAACGACAGUUUGCGAUACCGGAGUUGAUAGAGAUCCGCCAGAUAUUCAGAGGGAAGAAAAAUUCUCCAGGCGGCUUUCUGGGAUUGAGCAAUAGCGCAGUUCUACCAUUGAAUAAAAGACUCGUCAGCAUUCUCCGAAUGCCCGCAUACACAAUUUGAUGAAAAUUUCACAUGCACAAGCAAUGAUAUGUUCUCCAUAAGUCGACACCGAUGCCCCAUCGCCAUCACUUAAGACGACCCACGAGACGCCAGUUUCCUACAGGAGGUUUCUUCUCCGGAGCCACGCCACUGAGAAGUGACUGGCAACCAAAAGCAAAAGUGAUGCUGGUGGUCGUGGCUGGCUCCGUUAC